AUGAAUAGGGGAAUGUUUAGGGAAGAGAAGGAGGUGGCCCAAACAUCACAUGCAACUUUAUAUGACGAGAUUUUUUUUUUCGCGACUCCUCGACAACCUGCUGCCAGGGAGAAAUCGAGUGUGCUGAUGGUUCCGCAACUUCGCCAAGUCUUCAUCACCGGCAGCUUCUCGAGCGCGAUGAUGGAAUCCCUUAAGUCUUGGAUCCUCCUAAUUUUCUACCAGAUAUUCUCUCUCCAGAAACGGAUAUCGAGCGUCUCAAGCAUAUUACAGUCCCUAGUGGCAGCUUCCAUGGCAUCCUCGCUUAUGCUACAAGACUAG